UAUUCUCAAUAAUAUGUAUUAGGGUUGAGGAGGAAAUAUAGUUAAUUUUAUCAUUCUCGUAUUAAGCUCGAAAUACUGUUUGUACAAAUAAGAAUUUCUUUCGUAACAUUAUUUCUUUUUUAUACAAAUAGAUAUAGGAUCCAUGGGGUAAUUAUUUAGAAGUACAUUUUAUACAACAGUCCUUCCCAUCUGAGAAGAAAGGAUCUCAUGAUCGUGAACCCAUCUAUGAAGAAUUUAAUUGUAUCAGUGUCUAGAAUUAUUUAUUUUUUUUGUGAAUUACUAAUCGAUAAGGUCUCAUUGGUAAAUAACACAAGAUCUCGUAUGUUGGAACCCACGUUUGUUAACUCGAAUCCAUUAGUAUGGAACAUUUUCUUUUCAAAGUGAAAUCACUCGAAAGAGUAAGUAUCAGACAUAGCUGGGAAGCUUUUGGUUUUGAUUUUAGGCUUUGUAAGGUAGCUAUACUUAGACCGGCCCAAAAACAGUCAAGACCCAGGAAAGGUAUCCGAAAGGAAAAGCAUUUUGUCAGUUUUUGACUUUGGAAGAUAACGGGAAAAACAGUAUCCAAGCAUAUGGGGUUGGAACUGGGAAUGACGUGGCUUGUUUCUUUAGCAGAAACAAGGAGCUAUCAUGUGCUUUGUUCGUUGGAUUAUCUCUCAGUAAACUGUUUAGAUCGCUUCUUUGAGCAUUUGUUUCCUGUACUACUUUCAAUGGAAUUGGCUCUUCAAUUUGGCCGUCCUCUGUUCCCAUGUUUCAAAUACCUAACGUCAAGAAAAACUGUUUUGGCGCGAAGUUCCAACAACGGUCCUGAGUUUUCUUCCUCCAAUGGCUCCCUCUCUGUCAAGCCUGCUAAAGCUGUCCCAGGGAAGCCAGAGGCUGAUGUUGUUGUGAUUGGGAGUGGUAUUGGUGGCCUUUGUUGUGCUGGACUUCUUGCUAGAUACAACCAGGAUGUUCUUGUGUUGGAAAGUCAUGAUCUGCCUGGUGGUGCUGCCCAUUCUUUUGAUAUUAAAGGCUACAAAUUUGAUUCUGGUCCAUCUUUAUUCUCUGGCUUUGAGUCAAGGGGUCCUCAGGCGAAUCCUCUUGCACAGGUCCUGGAUGCGUUGGGUGAGUCAAUUCCAUGUGCAAAAUAUGACUCUUGGAUGGUAUACAUUCCUGAAGGUGAAUUCUUAUCACACAUAGGUCCAACUGAAUUUUUCAAGGACCUUGAAAAGUAUGCAAGUCAGAAUGCUGUGCAAGAGUGGAAAAAACUUCUUGAUGCGAUACUUCCAUUAUCUGCUGCCGCAAUGGCUCUGCCUCCUUUAUCAAUCAGAGGAGAUUUGGGCGUUCUUUCUACCGCUGCUACUAGAUAUGCCCCUUCUCUGUUGAAAUCAUUUGUUGAAAUGGGACCUCAGGGAGCUUUUGCUGCUCCUAAGCUUUUACGACCCUUCUCGGAAAUCAUGGACUCAUUGGAGCUGAAGGACCCUUUUAUCAGGAAUUGGGUGGACCUUCUGGCUUUCCUGCUUGCAGGGGUGAAAUCCAAUGGUAUUCUUUCAGCAGAGAUGAUUUAUAUGUUUGCAGAAUGGUACAAGCCUGGGUGUACUCUGGAGUAUCCGCUUCAUGGAAGUGGGGCUAUUGUUGAUACUCUUGUUCAAGGAAUACAAAAGUUUGGAGGACGUCUAUCUCUAGGAAGUCAUGUGGAAAUGAUCAUUGUCGAGAACGGUAAAGCCACUGGAGUUAAGCUGAAAGGUGGUCAGUUUAUACGUGCCAAAAAGGCUAUUGUCAGCAAUGCAUCCAUGUGGGACACUUUAAACCUUCUACCUAAGGAACAACUUCCAAAGUCAUACAUGGAUAAGAUUAAGACAACACCACAAUGCGAAUCAUUCAUGCAUCUCCAUCUAGGUUUUGAUGCAGAGGGUCUACGCAAGGAUUUGGGAAUUCAUCAUAUUGUUGUUAAUGACUGGGAUAGAGGAGUUGAUGCUGAUCAGAAUGUUGUUUUAAUUUCUGUACCUAGUGUACUUAGUCCGAAUCUUGCACCACCAGGGAAGCAUGUUUUGCAUGCUUAUACACCAGGAACUGAACCAUUUGAGUUGUGGGAUGGACUUGAUCGUAGAAGUGCAGAGUACAAAAUGCUUAAAGCUGAACGAUCAGAGGUAAUGUGGAGAGCUGUUGAACGUGCACUUGGUUCAGGUUUCAGCCGUGAGAAGUGUGAGGUGAAAUUGGUAGGAACUCCGUUGACACAUCAAAGGUUUUUACGAAGGAAUAGAGGAACUUAUGGACCAGCUAUACAAGCCGGUCAAGACUCUUUUCCAGGACAUUCAACACCCAUUCCACAACUUUAUUGUUGUGGGGAUUCUACUUUUCCUGGCAUUGGAGUCCCUGCAGUCGCUGCUAGUGGUGCUAUUGUUGCAAAUUCGUUAGUUUCAGUUCCUCAACACUCUCAGCUUCUUGAUGCCAUUGGAAUUUGAAUGCAGUGAUGAGUUCGAUUUUGUUUUCAUAUGAAUUCUUUUACCAUUGGAUAACUCAAAUUCCGCCCUUUCACCCUAAUCAUUAAUAUAUUCUGCUGUACCUUUACACAUGAUUUAGCUUCAAAACUGUAGCUUUGGGGUACUUAGGUUGAAUGUUCCAAAUAUAUAAUUUGAAGCAGUAUGGAAAGGAACCCACUUUUUUUUUCUGUAAUUUACAGGCAAAAUCAAAACCUUAAAUCUUAUGUUUCUUGAUAUUUGAAUCUCUGAUCACCUACCCAAAUGCAGUGUUAAAAUAUACAACCAAUUUUGAGGCUUUUCACUCAUUUUGAUGGAGAACUGGUUUGCACUGGGUCCAAAGAACAUGAGUGGUUUGAUCAUGUUGCUUUGAGCAUGCAAAAAUUGACUGCAUAUAUAUGGUGGAGGUUGAAAUGGGUGAUUGACAUUUUCUUGGCAUUGUAUGUACGCCUGCUCCAAUGGCUUGUUUUAGCAUGGACAGAUUUCUUCAAACUUUUUUCUACAAUGUAGUGGACCACUACUGUUACUUUCAUAUAGGCACUAUGAAUAGUGUGUCCCCUACUCAUGACAAAACACACUUGCUAGUUCUUGGCUCCUCCCCUUUUACUUUUUCCACUUGGAAGCAUGCAUAGAAAGAUUGACAAAGCAGCUAUCAUCAUAUGGCUUCCACUUCCAUGGUUUUUUGUAAUUAUUCUCAUAAAUUUGCUUUACAAUCGAAUAAAUUAUAUCAACUUAAUCAAGCUACACCUAUAUACUCCACUCAUGAAUGUCAAUGAAGGCCUUUGACUAUCAAUCAGAAUACCAUUAUCAAUUCAGUCUAGAUCUUAAAUGUUUCUUUCUGUUCUUUGUGAUAUAGAAUUUGCCAUUAAUUUGUGAUCGGGCAUAUCCAUGUUUCAGAGCUUUGAGGACCGGCUUCAUAUCAUAUCUUCCAUGAGAGAACUGAAAGAACAGAUCCUUAGCUUUCGGAAUAAGGAAAUUGACUUCCAUGCAAUUGGCAAUCACAAAUGAAAUUGACGUCCAUGACCUCCUCAGC